AUGCUCAAGAAUCUUCAGUCAGAUAAAAAACCCAGUGACCUUGAUAUUGCACUAUCAUCAUCAUCAUCAUCAUCAUCAUCAUCAUCAUCAUCAUCAUCAUCAUCAUCAUCAUCAUCAUCAUCAUCAUCAUCAUCAUCAUCAUCAUCAUCAUCAUCAUCAUCAUCAUCAUCAUCAUCAUCAUCAUCAUCAUCAUCAUCAUCAUCAUCAUCAUCAUCAUCAUCAUCAUCAUCAUCAUCAUCAUCAUCAUAUUUUAAGUUUUCCUGUGAGAAUUAUCAAAGUAACAAGGAGAAAAUUUUGACAACAGUAUUUGAUUCGAUCAAAAUUAAUGUAACCAUGAAAUUUUUAAUGAAUAUUUUGAAGAAAUGA